CUGCAUUUGAUUUCAUGAAGUAUCAACGCUCUGAAGUUGCAACAUCAUAGCAUACCCGACUCUGUCAGUUGUCGCAGUCCAAAGGUAUCCGCGAUCCGUUGCAUCCAGCAGGUUGCGGGUGACCGCGCACACUAUCUGGACGUCAAUCUGAGUCGCGCUGGCUCGCCGCGGCCAGGACCAUCAAAUACUGGCUUCUACUUGACGCGUACGCCCGUCAAAAGACCCGGGGUCCUGGUAAGGAGCUUGUUGUUCAUUGUGAACAAUAAGCUGCCUGUCAUCGGCUCUGGCGCCUCAGACCUUGACGUCUGGCCACCGUGCGGGGAUUUGUGACGUUGCUUCAAGACUCCAGACCCUCGUCGAGAUUCAGAGCCACCUGCUGUCCACUCUUCCCUCCUUGAGGUAGGUAUACACUGACACAUUGUAGGUAUCCGUUAUCCAUCGGGCCAUGGCUUCAUCAGCCGAGUCGACCGUCAGCAACACGCCGUCACCAUCUCCACCGCCGACUGAAUUCUUCUCGCAUGACAUCAAGCCUAAGAUUCACGCGCAGAAUGUUCAAGCCGUUUCAGAAUGGAUCGACAAUGACGGAGCCACGCGAUCCCUCGGUGACGCGGCGAACGUAACCAUGGAUCUUCAUUUCGAACCCUCAGCGAGCUCCGCCUUCUUCAAGCUUCGAGUUCCCUGCUUUCUCAAGCACAACAACACUGUCAGCAAAUCCCCCACAAGCCUUUUCGUCUUUAUUACUCCCGAUCGGAUCCAACAGCUGGCUAUCGAAGACGAGCAGUCUUCACACAAGAACAAGCUGCGAAAUACUACUAUAUGUCUACGUUUCACCUUGACCAAACCUUGUGAUCUCGUCGGUCCCAGACAUAUGGUACCGCUGAGAGCUAAGAAUGCGAAAGAAGGAGCUGUUUUGGAUUCCUUGCGCGCAUUGGCUCAGCAAACCUGUUUCGCUGUCCGAAUAGCGUGUCGAGUGUUGUCUAAAGCGCAACGGCACACCCUCGCCAGGGCCGUGUCAUCCAGUCCUGGUCUUGCACCAACGGCCGGCCACGACAGCCUUAGCAGUCUCUACAAUGGAAAAGGCGGCAUUGUGCACCAGUUCGACGGUGACAAGGACAAAAACGAAGACUGCCCCCCUGCAUAUGCUGAUAUUGGUCCUCCUGCGCCGGCUCCGCCCCUUGAUGACAAAAUUCCUGCAGAGAAAGAAAUUGCAGACUCAGCAUUUCUUUCGAGGUCGAGAAAGCGGCCACGAGGGGCUAGCUCCUCAGAUGCUGACAUUGAGGACAACGCUACCAAUCCAAAAUCAGACACCAAAGUCCAACGACUCGAGGCCGAGAACCAGAUAUUGCGUAAGCAGGUUGAGGCACUAAGCCGAGAGGUGGCAGCCAUGGGUGAUCGUAUCUUGGAGCUGAGCCAGCGUUUUGAAGUGGUUGAAGACGAAGUCUCUGACGCCAAGGUGAAUAUCACCGAGGAGCUUAGGGAUGAUCUUAGGAGGAACUACGGUGUGAAUUAA